GGGGCGGCGCAAGGCGAGCGCGGCCGCGGAGAGGGCAGGGUCCCGGCCAUGGCCUCCAUGGCGGCGGCGAUCGCAGCCUCGCGCUCGGCGGUCAUGAACGGGAACCGGCCUCUGGACGACAAGGAGCGGAAGCGCUUCACCUACUUCUCAUCGCUGAGCCCCAUGGCCAGGAAGAUCAUGCAGGACAAGGAGAAGAUCCGCGAGAAGUACGGGCCCGAGUGGGAGCGGCUGCCCCCCGCGCAGCAGGACGAGAUCAUCGACCAGCACCUGGUGGGCCCGCACGUCCAGGCCCGCUACGCGGCACACCGCGCCGGCGCCCGAGACCCCGCACCCGCCGGCCUCCCCGGCCCGCGCGGGCCCACGGGCCAGAAGAUCGUGCACUUCGGGGACGAGGACAUAACUUGGCAAGAUGAGCACUCUGCCCCUUUCUCCUGGGAAACAAGGAGUCAGAUGGAGUUCAGCAUCUCCUCUUUGUCGGUCCAAGACCCAGGCAGCACCACGCAGGCCCUCAAGUCCUCCCAGGGCAGCAAGCCCCCUGGCCCAGAUGCUCUGGGGCCCGUGCGGAAGGAGGAGGAGGCCACCUUCUGGAAGAUCAAUGCCGAGCGGUCCCGGGGUGAGGGGCCUGAGACAGAGUUCCAGUCGCUGACCCCCAGCCAGAUCAAGUCUAUGGAGAAGGGGGAGAAGGUCGUGCCUGUGUGCCAUCGGCAGGAGCCUGCCCCGAAGGACAAGGAGACCCAGGCUGAGCGGCCCAGCGGCCCACGGCAGGAGCUGUGCGACCUCUCUGGCGUGUGGGCCGAGCGAGAGAGACCUCUGCUGAUGCAGGUAUCCGCCAGCCCACCUAGGGAGGCUGGCCCUGCUGAGCCCGAGGGGAAGCCGUCUGCCCCUGAUGCCAUCCAGGAGGACGCGGAGGAUGUUCUGUUCUCAGAGCCCGUGCCUGCACAGGUCAGCUCCAGCAGUGUUGUCUUGAAGACGGGAUUUGAUUUUCUGGACAAUUGGUAAAAUGAGCUAGACAAGAAAAAAAAAGUAAAACCAAGAACCCCCAAAUGUUUUCCAAAGUGGUAUGGUGGUGAAGGAUAAAAAGGCAACAUUUUUGUUGUGUAUUUCCCUGAUUUCUGUACACUCUUUUCUUAAUCAUUGGGAAAUUGUUAAAUAUGGUCUUUUCCUUUUUUGGUAAGACCAGAUAUAUAUGCCAUUUUCAGUGAUUUGAUAACAGCAGUUUUACAUUUGAAAUUUUUAAAGACUGUUAGGAACUCAGUCAAUAUUGUAAAUAAAACUCCUGUUCCCAGCUCCACCCAGUUUUCCCCCUCCUCAAAGAGAGAGUUUUCUCAACCAUGUCAACAGAAAUCAUAAACAUGAUCUCCAUCUCCUUCUCUUUUAUCCCGCCUUUGAUGGAUGGGGUUAACUUUGAUGGGGUGAUUGAUAUCCUCAGCUAUCAUGACAUCAACGUCCUGGCUGUGACCAUGGAAGGAUUUGCCCCCAACAAUGCUCUCACCGAUGCUGCACGUGUCCAGGCGUUCUCCUGCUGAAGCCACACUUUUCAUAUUGUGUGCCACUCGCCACCCUCACGGCAUUUCUCAGAUUCAGAUGGUUGGCAUGUGGUAAAGUUCCUCCUUAACCUGCCCUAAUACAUAUUGAAACUGUUGACCAUUGUUUAAAAAAAGUUGCAUGUUUAAAAGUUUUGUAUUAACUUUUCAUUAUUUUGUAUCUAGAUUUAGCAGCCACGGGGCUACCACUUUUCUUGUUUUAUACCAAUGUCCUUUUGGAAAUUCUUUGUUACUUCUGUGACCUGUUGGUUAUUCCCAUACUGGGCAUCGACAGGAGAAAGGGCCAAUGGCACGCAUUGCUAGAGGAAAGAGCUGGCUUCUGAUGAGUUGGGUUUGAACCUUUCAGUGUGAGACUGGCAGGUGGAGGCAAUGUCCUUCACAAGGACUGGUCAGCCUGCCCUGUGAUGGAUCCUCUUCCACCCUGACCACUACCAGAAGUGCAAAAGCAAGUGUCUGCAUCGCUCAGUGGCAUGCCCCUGGAGACCGGUGGUGUCAAAGUGAAGGUGUCCCUUGGAGCUGGACUUUGCCCCCCACUGUGUUCCUUGCUGCUCCGGUGACCUCUGACUUUGGCUGGAGACUCCAGGGCUGCCCAGUGGAGCAGGUGGACCAUGUUCCGAGCAGGAGGGAGUGUGUCCUUCCCUCAGGAAGCUGCCUACUUGGUGUCCCCGACCAUUGCACCUGAGCUGCAUGGCGUGCAGGAGGUGCUGGGCAGAGCCAUUGUCCCCAGUAGAGCAUGACUUACACGUCUCCUUUCACUGUGUUCUCACCUGAAGCCUUAAUUCCUUUGAGCCCUUGCCAGUGAGCGUUUGGUUUCAAUACCACAGUGUGUUUUUUGUUUUUUAAUGUUUUUCUGUGUCAUAGGACCUUCUACAGUGAUUUCCGGAAUAUUUUACUUGCUCCAAGGUCAAGCAUAUGGCAACUUUAUUUUUUUCAAGGAAAGUUUCUGCCAAAGCUGUGGCUCAGCCAACUUUUGGGUUGGUUCCUGCCAAUUGCUUUAUGUCCCUUAACCUUGCUUGGCCCCUUGGGGACUCAGGUUUUACAUUUCCUCUUUGGCGACUGACUAUAAUUUGGCAAAUACAGGUUCUUUCUGUACUAUUUGAGUAUAGUUGAUACAUACAAGGGGCAGGGGGCUUCCCACAUUGCGAUGAGGGGAAGGGGCUUCGAAUCCGAGCUGGAACCACACAAGCAGGAUGCUUGCUUCCCUUUUGGGUUGCAGCCUCAGGGAUGGGCUUGCAGCCUGCCCUGCCUUCUACUCUCAGCCUCGUGGGCAGCGAGGUAUUACAUGAUCCAUCUUAGAAUUUGGGCUCUUUUUUUUUUUAAGAUGUGUAGAUGUGAGCUUAUGUUCCUUGGGUGUUUUUGUAGCAGGGAAGAAAGGCUUAUGUCCUUGGACAGUUGGUCCAAGAUGAUCUGUCUGUUCUCUUGGGAGAUGAUUUUCUUUCCAACUUUCUCAUAAAUUCCCUUCGAGUUCUCUUUGGAGCUUAGGGGGUGUAAGCAUUGUUGAAAGCUUCUGCCAUCUAGUACCAUCUAGGGCCAGUGUCCACCAGUGUUUAGUUAUCUUUCAUAAUAUUUUUUAAAAUUUCUUAAUAGCAGAGCCUCCCAGGAUUAAAUGUAAAAAUCAGAAAAUGGGAAAUCAGAGAGAGAGUUCUAAGCAUUGUGUUGCUUUGCUCCAGUUUCGGAAGUAAUGGAGGUACUGACAUCCGAGAGGUAAUGAAGGACUGGGGGUCUUGCUCCCAGGCUCUCCAUCCCUCCUGACCUGCGGGAUCUUCCUCCAAACCCUGGGCAGAGUCUAGGCAAAAGUAGUUUCUUUCCCCUUUCUCUUGGGGAUCUAUGUUCAGUGUGCCCAAGUAGAGGAAAAUUAAGCUCUUACUUUGUCACUUUCUUUUCCGUGUAUUAGAAGCUUAUAUUUGUUGAAAAAAAAAAUACACACUUUUCA